AUGCUGUCUGUGGCACUGCUCUACAUUUUGGCUGUGGUUUUCCCAGCAUUGAAUGCAUUACCUUUAUACUCAGAUACAGCUCUUACACCACACGAAGACCUCCUUCAGAAACUGGUGACAGAAAUAGAGGAUGACCAGAGCGACGUAAGCACACAAAGAGAUGUCAAAACUAUCUUUCCCAUCUUGCUUCACCAGGAUAGAGACCGGGACACUUGGCCUGAAGGAGAGAAAGAAAAUCUCCAUCAGGAUAAAAUGAACCACAUGGUGGAUGACUUAAAGGAAGUAGUCAGGAAAUUAGCAGCAGCAGAUAACCUGCGCUCUCAAGGCUUUCUUCGUUCUGAGCAGAACUUACCCAAACCCAACAAGAGAGGUUUUCAGUCCAAUCAAGUAGCAGCCACACCUGAUUCCACCCGUUUCAUCAGUUGUUCUUGA